AUGCCUCGCUCGAGGUAUGCCUCACUGGGGAGCGAAGUCUUCUUCCAAGAGUUCGGCUCCGACUGGACGUCUUACAGGUCGGCGCGGAACCGGCGGCGCAUCGACUUCAGUGGCCCCAAGUGGAGCUUAGAGACGCUGGGGGGCCCUGAAGGCGGUCUCAUGCAUAAGCAGUUGAUCCGCGAGCACAUCGAGAUCCUCAACUUGGCAAAGAACAAGUUGACAGACAUCAGCUGCGUGAACGCCAUGAAGGACACAAGAACCUUUGAGUUCCGCAGACUACAGAUCCUCAAUACCUCCAGGAACAUGUUGACGAAGGUGAAGUUGGUGAAUCCCAGCUUGACGGAGAUCAACCUGAGCCACAAUGAGUUGGUGAAGCUUCCGGACUUCUCCAGCCUCUCACAGCUCAGCAAGUUGCUCCUCUCGCACAACGACAUCGACGACACGUUGCAGCAAUUUGGAGAUCUGCAGAAGCUACGAGUCUUGGAUUUGAGUUCCAACAAGUUUUCCUGGCGGCCGACCUUCUUCCGGAAGCAGCUCAGCCAUUUAGAGCGAAUCCAUCUGGAGGAGCUGAGGCUUUGGCCCAACCCCUUUGCCGACAGCUUCAAGGAAUACCAGUUCAUCACUGCUGUCACUCUGAGCUCCUUAACCUCACUGGAUGGCUUCCACAUCGACUCAGAACUCAGGUUCCAACUACGGGUCCAAGCAGAUCAACUGCACAUGAAUGCGGCGGACUUCUCGAUCUUCGACGUGCGCGUGGAGGAGCGCCGGAAGCGGACGGCUCCUGAUGAGGUGCUCACAGGGAUCGAGCAAGAGUUUCUGGGUGGCCCUGUGCCAAGCAUUCAAGAGCUCAUCGAUACCAUGAGGAGUGCAUUGGAUGAACCCAACAACUUGCUGAAACACAUCUACAGCCUAGAGCAGAAGGUGAGCUGCCUUUGGAAUGCGCAUUUUUGGGAUCGCCGGCGGCUCAUGGUGGCCAUCGAGGAAAGCGGGCGGCAAAACCAGUUGAAUGCCACCCAGGAGCGCCUGGCAGUGGCUGCGUUUGCAGACAAGAUGCAGCAGGUCCUGGGGCGCUUUGAGAGCGUCCAGGAUGUGCUGGUGAUGUGCCUGGUGCGCAUGCUCUCCUGUGGAAAUCGGUCCUUAGCCGAGCGCUGCGGCAGCUUAUUGGCCGAGUGGGUGGAUGCCACGGCGGAGGAGCUGCACGACCGCAUCGACAGCAUGUCCGAGGCGCUCUUCCGGGACUUGCGCUUCCAGCUGGUCCAGGGCAUCAAGAGCGUCAACGAGCGGCCCAUGUUGUGCUAUGAAGCCUCACACGGCCGUGCCAAGAAGGUGGAUGAUGAGGAUGAAUACGAUAUCGAGCUGGAGCAGAUCGAGGCCAGUUGGUACAUCUUGACGGCCUUGAGCAAGUUUGGACCCAGCACCUUGUACGAGCGCAUGGUCUCGCCCUGGCGCGCACGGGUUCUGCGGCCCUUCCUGCCGGUGCUGUGCCGCGAGCCAAAGGAGGUCUUAGGGCCGGACGGUCCGCCCGACCGCUGGGCGGAGUACGUGGGCUUCGACUCCUUCCCCGAUGAAGCGGCUGAGGUGAUCGAGGCUGAGAUGAACCUGGUGGGCUUUCAGGAGAAGUGUGCACGGCAGGGCUUUGGCGGCUUCGUGGUCGAGAACGCCUUGGAAGAUGGCAUGGUGAAGGUGUACUUCAAGCAGCACAAGGCCCAGAGCCUCUCCUCCCUGCGCCGCGUCAUGCCCAAGCGCACGCUGCACGUGCGCCCGGUCGGAGCCGUCAAGAGGACACAGGCCUCGGAGGAGGGCGAUGGGAAGAACUACAGCUGGAACGCCUGGGUCAAUGGCCUCGCCGUGUUGGUGUCCGCCAGCACCGACCCGCACAACGCGGCGGUCUGUGUGGCCUUCGACGCUCACGUGGCGGUGGUGACGCACGAGAGCGACAGCCAGGGCUUCACGGAAGCAGCACUUCUGGGAAGCAGUGAGGCCAAGAACGCCUUCUUGCGCCUGCUGCAGUUGGCCCGGAACUUGAUGUGCGCCUCCGGAGAUGCCGGGGUCAAGGCCGCACGAUACUUCCUGGAACAGAAGCUCCACUCCCGCUGUUGGUCCAGAGCCCGCAGGCGUUUGCAGGAAGGGGGGUCUCCUUUGCCCCUGAGCCGCUUGUGCGAGCUGCCUGCCAAUGAUGUGGCCUUGAUUGGAGAGCUGGUGGGUGUUCUCAUCACGAUGAUGCGCUGUGAUGUGAAGGAGAUUUGCGACAAGGCCAUGUCCGACAUCAAAGCUGAAAACGGCCUGGACGUCUUCGAUGUGCUGCUGCAGGUGGCUUCCUCUACUUCGAAUCCGGAUCCCUUUUUCCUGGCGAUCUCCUACGAGACCAUCUACGUCUUCCUGAAGAGCGAGGUGAUGCGCGGACAGCUGCUGUCGCGGGUGAUCUCGCAACUCCGGGAGACGGCGAUCCUCUUGCCCUACAUCCGAGGGCCCUAUGUGAAGGAUGUGCCCAACGAGAAGUACAUGCAGCUCUGGUGCAAGUGCGAGUUGAAGUAUGGCACUCCGAGCGCUGCACGGGACCGAUUGCAAGUGCUCUAUGACAGCCAGGACCCAGACGAGCACAGCGCUUGGAAGGAGUUGGUCCCUGAAAUCCGGGAGCUGCAGAAUCCCAUGAUGCACCGUACGUUACUGGGCAUUGUGAAGAUCAUCCAGUUACUCAGUGAGUUGGCCUUGGGCGAAGAUAGUGAAGCCUUAAAGCCCGUCACGGACCUGUUGGACGCCAGCGGUCGCGAACGGCUGCUGAUCGGCCCCACGACCGGCUUGGUGACCUGCCCCGACUUCGACGUGAGGGUGGAAAGCUUGAGAUGUGUCCGACAAGUGCUGGUCUCGACUCCCGAGCAGUUCGACCUGGAAGAGAUGGGUUGGCUCUUGAACUAUCUCACGUCUGUAGGCAUGGGCAUCGGGAAACAGGGUCUCUUCCUCAUGGAGGUGAUCGAACUCAUUAAGAUGUUUGUGCGGAACCCCUCCAACACCGGGCAGAGCUUCCGCGCGAAGUUUGCCAAGUAUGCGAUUCGCGAGAGCUUCGAGAUGUUGACGGUGAACAGCCGUCGCGAGACGCACAACCAAGAGGAGACGAAGGCGAAGGCUGCGUUGACGGAGAAGAUCGUCGAGCUGCUCAUGGAUUGUUCCAGGCCUUUGUCCGGUGGCCUUCGAAAAUUCCUGCGCCGGGUGGAUCUCAUGGAGACGAUCCGUAAGGCGAGGAGAGGAACGUGGAGGGGCUCCGGGCGCCCUGCGCGUCCUUCAGACCUGGACGGGCCGUGA